AUGCCGCAACACAACUAUACCACAGACGACUGGCUCAGAGAAGCAGCCGGUGAUUUCGAGGCAUGCGAUUACGAUAACGACAGCGAUGACCACAGUCCCUGGGACCUGGAUGGCUGGUUCUACGACGGCGAUGCCCGAUAUUAUCGUCCAGGUGAAGGUAUUUUGGGCGCAGAAGUGUACCGUCAUUCCAACAACGAGAGCCAAGAACCGGUAGAGCCUGCGCAGAUUUCUGGUGAUAACGACGAUCGAGCACAAGACGAGCUUGGGGGGAAUCAGCCGUAUACAGUCCCUACCCUUGCGCUGCUAGAAAGACUACGGCGUCCUAAUCACCAUCGCCCAAGCGUACCCGAAGAGCAUCAUUCCUCCAGCGAGAGUGAACCAUCCAGCAACGCGGAUGAACUGUAUUGCUCACCCGAUCAUCCAACUUCGAACGACACGCAGCAGGCGCAUCACGGUCACGACGAUGUGUUGAAUCAGACCGAGGAGAUGGAGGAGAGUCCAGAGUCGGCCGGAACGUCUACCACAGAAGACAGAUCACUGCUAGCAAAGACCACCAAAGACGGCAUCGCUGAUUGUGAGAAAGCUAAGAGCGACAGCUGCACCAAGAAAAACGACGCGAUGAAAGACGCACACCAAUCCUUCAACGUCGAAAACGAGUCAAUGAACGAAUGGUACGAAAACAUCAAGGCAGAAGAGGUCAUUCUGGGCAAAAGAAUAGCCUUACACGUUCGCCUGCCUACGAACCAGGUCGUCACUCCAGCUCAUAACGCGCUUGUCGAGGAAGAUGUAAAGGAAAUGAUGCUCAUCGCCGACUCGUUCAAGGCGGUCAAGACAAAGAAAGCAGAUAUCCGAGCGACUCUAAAAGCCCGAAUCGAGAAGGCCGAGGAGGUGUAUGACGGAGAGUGUGCCGCAUGGGACCAGCAGAUGGCAUGCCUUCGCAACAUGGCUGAGCUCUCUGGCAUUGAGCUAGAUGGGGAGGAAGCGGAAGAUGAUCUCUUGAGCGAGCGGGUAGCCCAAGUCAUCCGCCUCCAAUCGUCAACGCCAGCCCACUCUACUUCACACGCCCGAGAGCCUGCGUCCAGCCAUGCCCGAUCGAAGCCAAGCACUGCCGCAAACUCAGGUAGGCGCCAGAAGGUUGAAGCAGCAAAGAGCACAGUGCAGGAGGACUGUCUCAACUGCAGCCAUUUACAAGAAGAACUACGUAUCACCCUCGCAACAAUAACCCGCCUCCAAGCCAAAGCCCCCAUGCCCGACCUCCGCAAAUUCGUCAAGCAUGGCGAGCAAAUCCUCUCCGAGCUCUCAGCACAGCGCGACGCAGCCCACGAAGUCUUCGCCAAAGAACAACAGAACGAACUGCGCACCGCAGAGGCGGCAUCCGAAGACCUUGAAAAAGAGUACAAAAGGAUCAAGGCCAUCUAUAUCGGCAUCGGCGAUCUGUGGGAGCACGAGAAUGAAGAGCUAUGGAAGAAGACGUAUAACUUGUGUCGUGUGGAGCUGGUGCGUAUUAAGGAAGAGCAGAAGGUGCUUGAGAACCACAGUGCUAGGGAUGAGGAGAAAGUGGUGAAGCGGCAGUGGGAUGGAGAGAAGAUGUUGAUGAAGCAGAUCAAGUACUACGAGGCGAUUUUGAAGCUGGCUAAGAGUGAGGUCAUUAGUCGGUGGGGAGAUGUUGGUGGGCUUGAGGAGGACUCUGAGUCUGCGUCUAGUUCUGAGUCUGACUAG